CCCUAUCUCUUCCUUUUGGCUUCAUAAGUGACAUAAAUGUGACCAACAACUGCAAUAUCAUAGGCUGCAGGCACUACAUAAGUCAUGUAAAUACAUAUUUCAUCAAAUGUUCUGUAUGCGGAUGUAACGCCAUUAAACACAGAGAAGUGCUCCUACUGGCUGUGUAGUGCUGGAAGAUGUACGGUAAUGUGGAUAUUGUUUCCCCAACUGGUUUUGAUGAGAAUGAGCUUAAGAGAUGUCCAUCAGAGCACAGCAACAUCUACCUACAGGAUGAAAGCUUAUAUGAGCCAAUACGCAGUACAGAAAAAACUGAUCCAGGGCAUCUGUGGAGAUUAUCUUCUACAGGGAGCAGUGUGGAGGAAACUGGACUUCGCUGGGGCCAUAGUCCACCAAGACAAGGUUGUUAUGAGAGAAGCAAAUUCUUGUUUGUUUUGUGCUUCGGUGGUCUAAUGCUCAUCUUGACUCUGUGUGUUCUCGGAAUCAUUCUACCAAAAUAUUCUUCUAUGAAAACAGAAUUUGAAUUCUUAAAAGAGGAACAGAAAAAAUUGGCAUCUCUGGGUUCUUUCCAUGUUUAUAGUGAAUCUCAUGAAAAGUGUGCUGAAGUACGCUCCUCCAGCUCUCCACUUCUGUUUGAACUUACUGCCUCCGAAUGUUCCACAGAUUCUUUCUCUCAGUUUUUCCGCUGGCUCCCAAGAGGAAGGCUUAUGAGCACAAAGAAGGGACUAUGUGUAGGUGUAGAGAAACAACGCACAAACCAGCCACUGCGACUCUAUGAAUGUGACAAUGAAAGGGUACUUAACUGGGUUUGUACCAAUGAAACUCUGCUGGGUGUUGAAGGACAAAGUCUUUUUUUUAACUUUGGGAAUAAUCGAGAAGGGAUCAUCAUGCUUUAUUGGGGCACUGGUGUAUGGAGCCGCUGGAAAGCACGAAGCGCUGAAGGGAAGCUUCAAAAUGGAACUUGUGUUCAGUGCUGUGCUUAAUCAUCAGACCCAACAAUUUACUGAGUAUUUUUUCAAAAAAUGGUUCCUUAAAGUAGAGGUUCAGCCAAAAACUAACUUUUAAAUCUACUCGCAGCCACAUUCUAAGACUAAUCUAUCUAACCCUGUAAACCAAAAAUCGGUCAAGUCCCACUCUGAGCAGUCAAUGACAGUUUCUGUGUAGGAGUGUGCAGUAGAGGCAGCCGACAAUGGUAACCCCAAAGUAACUGUAUGGGUGCCAUCACUUGCCUGGCAUUUCCUAGCCAUUGUCUGCGGUCUCUUCCACACCGCAUCUGUAGCUGGAGAGUGGACCUUUCCAGCUGCAGACACGAUAUGUAUAGUGAUGUUUGCUUUACAAGGUUAGAUAGUUUAGUCUUAGGCUGCGUACACACGACCAUUUUUAAUGUCCUAGAAAAAAACUAUGUUUUUCUCAACGUGAUUCUUGUCAAG